AAGUGUUUUUCCUGCUGUCCUCAUUCUGAAGACCAGUGUGGGAUCCACUCUGCUUUCCAACCCUCAGCUGAGCAGAUAUCCUUAAAAGAUCUCAUGCACCAGCAGAAAAAAGGAUCUUCUCUUCAGAGUCCAACUUUUUGUCCCCUUUAAAGUACUUUUUACUUGUAGAAAAAGUAUUCUUUAGAAGGAAUGUUUCUGGUCAAGAUCCUGUGCUGUUUGGUCUUAACAUUACACUUCAAUGAAGGGAAGAAAAUCCAACUCAAGACAGCAGUGCACACAGACCAGAGGGACAUCCUGAAGCUGAAAACACCAUAUGUCAGCAGAUCAGUCUUCAGGAUGUUCUCAGGAGGUGAGGAUACAUGUAGGCUGGACUCUCUGGAGCUGCACACAGUGACCUCAUGUGACUUCAACAGUACUAAUCCACUCAUCAUCAUCACUCAUGGCUGGUCGAUCAAUGGUAUCAUGGAGAGCUGGGUGCUCAGAUUAGCUACAAUCCUGAAAACCAAGUUAACAGAUGUCAAUGUAGUAAUCACCGACUGGUUGCCCCUGGCGAACCAGCACUACCCCAAAGCUGUACAAAGCGCCCGAACUGUUGGAAGAGACAUUGCCUACCUGCUGGGGUCACUUAAGGAACAUUUUCAGUUUCCAGCCAGAAAGGUUCAUUUGAUUGGUUACAGUCUUGGUGCUCAUAUCUCAGGAUUUGCUGGAAGCUUUCUGGAAAGUACAGAGAAGAUUGGCAGAAUAACUGGUUUGGAUCCAGCAGGACCUUUGUUUGAAGGCAUGGCUGCCACAGACAGACUGUCUCCUGAUGAUGCUGAAUUCGUGGAUGCUAUCCACACCUACACUCACGAAUAUAUGGGACUCAGUGUGGGGAUCAAACAAGCGGUGGCACACUGGGACUUUUAUCCCAAUGGAGGAGACUUCCAACCAGGAUGUGACCUGGGAAACAUUUUCGAUCACAUUAACCAGUACGGGGUCUACGGUUUUCAACAAACAGUGAACUGCCCUCAUGAGCGAUCAGUCCAUCUGUUCAUUGACUCACUGCUGCACAACGACAAGCAAAGCAUGGCCUACAGGUGCAGUGACAGUAAGACCUUCGACAAAGGCAUUUGUCUGGACUGUCGGAAGAAUCGCUGCAACACACUGGGCUAUAACAUUAACAGGGUCCACACUGGCACCAGCAAGAGGCUCUACCUGAAAACACGCCCUCAGAUGCCCUACAAACUCUACCAUUACCAAUUCAGGAUCCAGUUUGUGAACGAGAUCGAGUGGAUUGACCCUUCUUUUACUAUUGCCCUCACUGGGACAAAGGAGGAGAGUGGAGACCUCACCAUCACCAUACCUGAAAAAAUUGCAAGGAACAAAACCUACAUUUUCCUGAUCACAUUGGAAAAAGACUUAGGGGAUUUGAUGUUGCUGAAAAUCCACUGGAAGAAUGACAUGUGGAACUGGAUACAAAACAUGAUCCCCUGGGGUGGUGGAGUGACCAAUCCAUCGCUCACUGUGGGCAAAGUCAGUGUAAAAGCAGGCGAGACACAAGAGAGGACAUACUUUUGUGCCAAGACAGAUGAUGAGCAACAUGUUCAAGUAUCUGAAGACAAAAUGUUUGUGCGCUGCAAACGAAAGAAGCUCAAAACAGCUGUGAAGAAAAUGCUCACAGACCGUCGUCUUUAUAUGAACUAAAAAUACCCGAUAGUUCUCAGGUGAAAUGCUACUGUGUCACUUCUUGUCAGGUUCUUACAAGACAUUCUGCAGACCUCUUACAGUGAAUUCAUAAAAGUUUUGA